UAAUUUGUUUGGGUUAGGUUGGGUUGGUGAGAACCCAGACUGUUGUAAUUUGUCCAUUCUUAAACUAGGGUUUAGCAUGAUGUAGACUCAGUUAUGAUUUUGUUUCUUUCCUCAUUCCUUCUCUUAGAAAAAAAUUCUUCUUCAGAUAUGUCAUUUUAUAAUGCAACUAAAUCUUUGGCAAAAAUGAUAGACUCACAAGGAGAUUGGGUUCCGGUACCCAGCUUGAUAGAUCAUAACAAUUUUAGGCCCUUUUGCCUGCUACAAAAGAAAAAGAAGACAUCGUGGUGGCAGAGCUGUCCUUUUCACAAAACCGAAUACCAAUUUCAUGAUCUGCUGUUAUCAGGAAAUGACACUUCAAGUCUAGUAUGCAACAAUUCAGACUUACUCACCCUUGAAGUCACUAUAGAUGGAACACUGAAGGGGGAUAUUAGUGGAAUUACUGACACUGAAAUAGCUACUAAUGUCAGCAUUUCUUAUGAAACGUCUGUAAAGCUGAAAAAGAUACAUGUUCCAAUCCAAGACCUUGAUUCUUUGAUGAAAGAAAAAAAAAUCAACAAUGAACAUCCAUUUAUUAAACAAUCAAGGAAGCUCCAGAGGAACUUGUAUGUGAUCACUGCAUCAGCAGAAUCUGUGGAAAUGACAAAGUUUGAAGAAUCUAACAAACUGGAAAGCAGCAUUUUUCAUAAAGCCCACGUCAAACUGAGCCUGAAGGGUGCCAGAGAUAAGAAGAAAAUAAUCACUAUCCCAAAGGGAUGCAUCUUGGCAUUCAAGGCUAAGAAAUUAUUUAUAGAAGAAGGAACUGUAGGUAUUUCUUCUUACUCAACUGAUAAAAUAGGAGCUUUUGACAAUAGGAAAAACCUUAGAAAGGAAGUUGAGGAAGAAUAUGUGCCAUUUUCUUUAAUGUCUUCAAACCUGCGUGGAAAAUUUCUAACUAGUUUUGUGGUUCUAAUGAAGAAAAGUGAACCUUUGGAAGAACUGGAAGAACUGGAGCUCCAGCUGGAACAGGUUCUUGAGGACCCUGAACAAUUCAGAAGGCUAAAUAUGGCUAAACCAGAGUUUAAGAAUCUGAUGGACAACUUGCAAGAUGUCAAAGGAGCAAUUGAUACUGAACUUGCUGAGGCUACCCUCUAUUUUCUUCAGGCUCUUGCUGAACUGACAGAGGUCCAGAUAAUGCUAUUGGUAGAAUCUAUGGAAAAAAAGAUUGUAUCCCAGCAACUGAACCUGGUUGGAGGAAUCCUAGAUAAAUAUUUCUGGAAUGAAAAACAUAAUUUUAUUGUAGAAGUCCAGGAGUUACCUGAAGAGGAAUGGGAUAUAACUGAAGCAUUAGUUAAAGAAAUAAGUGAAAUAUCCAUUCAACGAAGUGAAUGCACUGUUACUGGAUCUGUACACCCUUCAGCCCUCCCUUCAGCCCUCCCUGCACUAUAUGUGGCUCUAUUUGGAAUUGAUCUUCUAUCUAAGGAAAGUUUUUAAGUCAUUCUUUUAAAUCAGAGUAUGUUUGCAGAUAGAAAAGAAUCGUGUACAAAUGCAGCAGUCUAAUAUAUUCAAAAGGAAAGUUGUAAUCUAACAGCCUUAUUUGAAAGGAAGCUUGCCUGAGAAUAUCAAUUUAUAUUAUUAACUAGAUAUUUAGUUCUUGCAUUCAAUUUUCCAUAACUGCAUUCACACAAAAUUCUAAGCCAUUUGUAGUUUGGUUUAGUGGAUUGUUCAAAUUUAGAUAGGGCCAGUCAGAAACCAUUACUAUGAUUAAAAUAAUCAUUAAACAUAAGGUUAAAAAAAACUAAUUUAAAAUUAAAUGUCCUUAAAUAUAUUAUUAAAUCUAAACCAUAAACAUAUUGCCCCAUCUUCUCAUUUUAGAAUAUAACAUUUCAGAAAUGGAUAAAGAAUUGCAUUUUAAAUCUAGUUCUUAUUAAUUUGUUUUACGUUACUUCUGUCACAAUCCAGGAACCUUCUCCUCAACUUAUGUUUGGAAGAGAGGACUUGUACAACUGUUACUGGCAAAUAUAAAAGAACUAUAAUAAAAUUAAAAUAAACUGUAAAACUCCUAUAGUAUGAACUACAUAGCUACAGAGAUCAUUUAUCCUCAUAUUUAAACAUUCCUUCAGACCGAGAUCAAUAUCACAGCCACUAACUAAAAUUACUUCCUCUUUUUUUGCUUUUUAAAAUAAUGUUACAUUUUUGUGGCUUUAAGUAGUCACAUGAAAAACAUUUUUCACUCUAACAUUUUUCAAUAGGUCAUGGAAGCAUAACUAUCAAGUAGCUACAUUUUUAUAAAAAAGCAACUCCAUGGGGUGGCUGCAUAACCAGAGAGCUUGGAGCAGGAGGUUGAAGACCCUCCAGUUUCAGUCCUGCUUUCACUGUUUCUUUCCCCUUUUGUUUCAUAGUCUUAUUAUAUUUAAUAUACUGUAAAAAGGGAAACAAAAUUUCAUUUUAAAAUUAUCAAAUUAUUUCAGAUAGGCUGUGAAAUAAAGGAAGCAGGAGAAAGAACCUACAGAGAUUCUGUAUAGUACCAUCCUACUGCUCCCUCAACACAGCACUUCUAACGUAACGGGAGACUGGCUAGUCACAAGUUGGGUAUAUUUGUUCUCUAAUGUGGCAUUACUUAAGCUAAUGUUGGUAAAUGGAUACAUUGCAUUGUCUGGAUUUGAAAAAGAAGAAAAUAAUAAAAUGGCUUUCCUAUAUAACCUUUCAAUGCAAUAACGGACCAGUCAUGUACUACUUAUACUGUGAUUUGAGUUUCUUAUUUGGUUCACAAGUUGAAUGAAGCUUGGGAUAACUUAUUUAAUGAAGGAUUACUGAAUAAACUCAAUUGCUUG